AUGUCUCCACAACCACUCAGCAUCAUUGGUGCAGGCCUAGGAGGUGUUACGCUUGGAAGAGCGCUUCUAGAGCGAGGUAUCCCAGUCGUGCUGUACGAACGCGCGACAUCAGCGCCUAGACAUGGCUAUGGCAUCAGUCUGCACGCGUCUACCUACAAGCCCUUACUCAAUAUGCUGAAGAUGGACGAACAAACGUUCAGACAAAAUGUCGCCGUCGACGCUGCAGUCGGUGGGAACGGUGCUAUCGACCCCAAAAAGUUGAUCUGUCCACGCGACGUGACUUCCACCUCGUUUCGUGCCCAUCGCGAGAGGCUUGAAAGACUAAUCCGCCAAGGCCUGGAUAUCAAAUGGGAACACGGCAUGGAAAAGCUGGAGCAGACGCCGAGUGGCACAUCUCUAUACUUGCAAAACGACACUAGCAUAGAAGGACGAACAUGCGUCGUUGGCUCGGACGGUGUCCACUCCAUUACAAGGAAGUCGAUUCUGAGAGAAGCCGGUCUUGAAGUCCUACCUUUCGUCACCUUCAAUGGAAAGAGGAAAGUAAGCAGAAGCACUUUCGACGACAUUUACGCUCCAGCCCUGGGAGCAUCUAAUGUCAUCGAAACCCAUAAUAAUGGCGUCUUCCUUCAAAUCUCUGUCAACGAUAUCACAGCCGAACAAGCCAGUGUGAGCUGGGUAUAUUCACGUCCGGCCAAAGGGUCAAGCGAUCGUUGCUUCAAACCAAAUCGACUCUUAUCUGGUGCGUCCGAGAUUCCCAAGGAGUUCUACCGGGAAAUCACUGCUUUGAAAGACCUUCCUCAGCCGUUUUCAGAAGUCUUCGAUGAGGAGAAGGUGAAGCAGGAUCGAAUCUUGACUUGGUUGAUGCGUACAUCAAAGGUCGACCUUCCUCAACUCUACCAACUUGCAUCCAACGGCAUCUUCUUGAUGGGAGAUUCUGCCCACUCUCAAGCAAUUCUUGGUGGUGAAGGCGCAAACAUCGCGAUAUCUGAUGGGUUGACGCUUGCCGAAGCAAUUGCAGCACAGAAUGGCGAGACCAUCACAUCUUGGUACAGCAAGCGCUUCCCGGACUGGCAGCAGAGUCUGGAAACGAGUAAGAAGACAAUCGAAGACAUGCACAAAGACCAGGCACCUGAAUCGAAAAUCUAA